AUGAUUUUGGUAACAAACAAUGCUAGAAUCUCCAUUCUUAUUAAUGGUUCUCCAAGUGAGGAAAUUCUAAUGAAAAAUGGCUUGAGUCAAGGAGAUGCACUAUCUCCUUUUUUGCUCAAUAUUGCCGUCAAACCUCUUAGCUUAAUGAUCGAAGAAGCUUGUUCUUUGGGCUGGCUUGAAGGUGCUUUUGUUAGUGAGAGCUUGAGAGUAAAUUUUCACAAAAGCGCCAUUAAUGGAGUUAAUGUAGAAGAUGAACUAUUAAUCUCUGCUGCUUUACUCGCUUGUUGUAAAAUUGGGAAUCUUCCUUUUCGCUACCUUGGGCUUCCUCUUGGUGCUAAUCCGAAAAGAGCAUCCACUUCGCUUCCUAUUGUUAGGAAAAUUAAAGACAGAUUGGCAUUCUGGAAAGGAAAAUUUCUCUCAGCUGUAGAUCAUCUUACUCUCAUCAAAUCAUGCCUAUCUAAUCUUACUAUAUGCCACUUAUCAAUUUUCAAGAUUCCUAAGUGCAUAGCUACAAAAAUUUAG